AAGCUCCAGAAACUGCCAUAGAUCUGUCACUCUCAUCCUGAGCUCUCACAGAGGAAGGCAAGUGACUGUGUGAGGGGCUACAUGAGCCCCCUCUGGUUGCAGGGUUCUGGUCUGCAGGGCAGCGGAGCCCUUUGGGGUGGAGAGUGGCAACUUUCAGGCCUUGAAGCUGCUGCCCACAGUUCUGCUCUGAGAACACAGAGGGCCCAAGAACAGCCGGUGUCCCAGGGCUGCCCAGUGAGGAGGGAAGGGUGAGAGUAUUCUUGCUGUCAAGACUGGGAAAUGAGGGCCACGAUUCAAAGGCUUGCUUCCUAGGGAGUAAAUCUCACCCGAUGUCCAGGUGUGCAAAUGCAGCAGACACAUUUGUGGGUGGGUCACAUUCUGUCCAGAUAUAUCAGAAUGUCUAUCCCUGUACGCCCCCACCUCUGGCAUGGGACACAGCCCUUCCCUGCACACAAAUGGGUUGUCAAUUACGUCCAAUGAAUGGCCUCGCGAGAGCCCUGUUGGGGAAGGGAUUAUCUGCUCAUCUCCUGUAAAGCACAGAGCCACACUCAGAACCUACGGACUGCAAUCGCCUGCAGGCCAGCCACAGGCUUUCCUGUCAUCCUCACACUUAGACUUUGAAGCCUCGCCUUUGAAUCGGAAGCAGGCCGCUGUCAUUCCAGAGGCCCCUGUUCAUCUCUGGCUUCCUUCCAGAUGACCAGGGGCCCCGGGUCCCUGGGCUGCCUGGGCCAGGACAGCCGCCUUAGGAGCAAAUGGAAAUGCAGCUUCCGUGGCUUGUUUGCCCUCCUGUAACCCCUUCCCUCUCACCUUCGGUCAGGGCCUGCUGUCUUGCACGCAGCAGUGCUUACUGCCAUGGUGAAACCGAGGCAGGGAGGACGCAGGAGGACCGGCACAGGAGGGGGGGCACCGCCCCGGGAGCUUCCCCUGUGUCAAAGCAGCUUCCUCAGUGAGCUCCAACACAGAUCCUUGCUGACUUCAGCCUGGAAAGCCUGACAGUGCCACCCUAGUUCCUGGGCCUUGAAAAGGCCAAAGCCACGAGCAGGCAGCCACUGUUCCACAAGACAGCUAGAGAUGCUGUUGCCCACAGACAUCACAGCAGGGGUGCCAUCUUCCGUGUGCACAUUGGCACAGGUCUUGGAGGCCCAGAUUAGCUCCUGGCUUGAACUUAUAUCACCCUUACCUGAAAAUCUGCGUCUGCACCGCUCAUCUGCACGCCCCUUGAGGGCAGGGACCAGGCCCCCUCUGUGUGGCCCUAGAGUGCAGGUGCAUGCAGGUCGAGUUGAGCUGCUAUUUGCUAAUGGGAAUUUGGGGGCAUGUGGCUUGUCCUCGUUGAGCCUCCAUUUCCUGGCCUGUCAAACUGGGGCAAUGCUCCUGUUAUCCACACAGUGUCAUUUAGGGGUGACAUGAGAGAUGGCGUGAAGUACCCAGCACAGGGCAGGUGCUUACAGGCUGUGGGGUCCCCACCCUACUGACACACCAAGCACACGUCUGCCCUGCCAUGGUGGGGAGCAAACAACUUUAGGGUUCCGACUCCCCGGGAGGCCAGGCCGGGCAUUUCACUGUAGGAUGCUGAAGCCGCAGGCAGUCAUCGCUGCGAGAAGAGAGCCUGGCUCUGAGGUCCGCUGUCUCCUGGGCAGCCUGGUGGGAAGGAAGGAGUUGGCAGUGGCCCCUCACUCUGCCAGCCUCUCCUGCCCUUUGUACUCCAUGAGGCGUGAGGAAGUUGCCAGGUCUCCCAGCAGAGGGAGGGGUGAUGUCCCCUCUGUUCUUCCUAAUUUGUUGCUAAUCAGAUUCUGCUUGCAGCCGGGCUCUCUGGGGAUGAAUCUAAUAAAGGAGGCGGCAACCUGGAGAGGACAGACGACAAGUGACCGGGGGGGACAGCACUUCUUUUAGUACAUUUUCCUGUUAGACUCAGAGUAUUAGAGACCCAAGGAUUCCCAAGGAGGAGCGAGAGCGUCCCUGCCUUUGAGGAGCAGACAGGACACUGCCAGGCGUUUGCCUCAGCAUGGAGGGCGGGGCCGCGGCAUCCACCCCCGCAGCGCUGCCUUACUACGUGGCCUUCUCCCAGCUGCUGGGCCUGACCUUGGUGGCCAUGACUGGCGCUUGGCUCGGGCUGUACCGAGGCGGCAUUGCCUGGGAGAGCGACCUGCAGUUCAACGCGCACCCUCUCUGCAUGGUCAUAGGCCUGGUCUUCCUGCAGGGAGAUGCCCUACUGGUUUACCGUGUCUUCAGAAAUGAAGCCAAACGCACCACCAAGGUCCUGCAUGGGCUGUUGCACGUCUUUGCGCUUGUCAUCGCCCUGGUUGGCUUGGUCGCGGUGUUCGACUACCACAGGAAGAAGGGCUACGCUGACCUGUACAGCCUGCACAGCUGGUGCGGGAUCCUUGUCUUUGUCCUGUACUUUGUGCAGUGGCUGGUGGGCUUUGGCUUCUUCCUGUUCCCCGGAGCUCCGUUCUCCCUGCGGAGCCGCUACCGCCCACAGCACAUCUUCUUUGGUGCCACCAUCUUUCUGCUUUCCGUGGGCACCGCCCUGCUGGGCCUGAAGGAGGCACUGCUGUUCAACCUCGGGGACAAGUACAGUACAUUUGAGCCUGAGGGCGUCCUGGCCAAUGUGCUGGGCCUGCUGCUGGCCUGCUUCAGUGGGGUGGUGCUCUAUAUCUUGACCCGGGCUGACUGGAAGCGGCCUUCCCAGGCCGAAGAGCAGGCCCUCUCCAUGGACUUCAAGACGCUGACGGAGGGAGACAGCCCCGGCUCCCAGUGAUGCACUGGGCCAGCCCUGGGGGUUCACGGGCUGUCUUCUUGCCCACUCCUGCUAAGGCAUCUUCAGGAUUGCAGGCUCUGGAGAGUGGCUCUGGCAGCAGGCGGGUGGGUGGGCGCAGCUGCAUCUGUUGGAGUGCUGCUUUCUGGGGUCAGGUCUCUGCCUCCUCUGCUUCUCCUUUCUCUGCUGCUAUAGACCAGUUCAUUGUAUGUAGCUCCCGUGUCUCUGUUUCCCCCUUCAGUGCAGAAGGCUUUGGAUAGGACUUCGGGUGGUCAGUCCUGGUCACAGAGCACAGGUCUUUAAAGAAGCGAGACAGGAAGACCCACCCUCCCGGCAGCAGAUGCCUGGGGCAAGGCCAGGGGAAACUGGGGGGGCCUCAGGGACAGGCCUGGAAAGGCCAUGAUGGCUGCUGAAUUCAAACAAGGAGUCCCUCCAGCCCAAAUAACACGUGGCACAAAUGGGCCCAGCCUUUGGCAGAGGAGCAAGUGAUAUGAUGUGUAAAGUAUGUUGGUGGUGAGAGCAAGGUUCCCCAGGAGAGGGGAGGGACUGGCCCCUGGGAAGCUCUGAGUGAGGCUGUGGCCCAGCUGUAGUCCUGACCUUCCUCUUCUUUAACCCUCUAGCCCUAGGACGGCUUUGGUGGAGAGGGGAGAGAAGCCCAGGACUUCAGACAGCCUUUCUCCUGGCGGAUGGAGGCAGGCCUUCUCCCAGGCUGCUCCAGACGUGGGAGUUGGGAAUCGGGGGCACCUGGCAGCCCCUUCCUGCUGGGGCUCCCUCCUUGCAGCACCCCCCUUGCAGCUCAGCUCUGGUUUCCUUUCCCAGGCUCACCCAGGCUCUGCUCAGGCUGGGAGGCAGAGAGCACAAACCGUAGAAUUUUUUAAAUGAAAAACCGCUGCUUCUGGCUGUGGCUGGGGCCCCUGGGGCUGCUGGAGCUGCUGCCUCUGUUCUGGAGGACGAGGCUUCUCCUUCUUCCCUGGUGCCCGUCUCUCCAGGAAGUCAGGACUGAGGCAGAACCAGGUCAUCCCCUGUGGCGUCUGCACAUCACUGCAGCCGUAUAGAGUGUCAUGUUAGCUGAGCCACCAUUUGGCUUUGGCCCGGAAAUAGUGUGAGUAAAACAUUGAUCAAGACCAUCCUGACGAACACAGUGAAACCCCAUCUCUACUAAAAAUGCAAAAAAUUAGUUGGGCAUGGUGACGGGCGCCUGUAGUCCCAGCUACUUGGGAGGCUGAGGCAGGAGAAGGGCGUGAAGCCGGGAAGUGGAACUUGCAGUGAGCCGAGAUCAUACCAUUGCACUCCAGCGUGGGCGACAGGCUCAAAAAAAAAAAAAAAAAAGAACAUAAGAACAUUGAUCAUGUGCUUCUUGGAUCUGGUGACUUGGUGACUGUUCUCUCCCUGUUUUCCUUGUUUUUGGGGGUUUGAGGAGCAUGACUUAGCUUGAGACAGACACAGUGUACUUCAGUGAAGAACUUAAUACAAUUUCCAAACCUGAUGACCUUAGAGAAAGGGGCCAGUGUUCUCUAAUGCUUGCAUUUCCGGUAGUUGGCUUUUGCUGUGGCUCCUGCCUCAGGCAAUGUCAUUUCUGAGAGCAGGUGGUUGUAGUCCAGGCCCCUCCCCAGCAGGGGCUGCCCAGGCUCCUUCCAGCCCCUUUCCCCACCUCCUCUCAGCCUGCCCGGAUGACAGUGUUCGCCUCCUGUUUAGACUGUACACUCUUCAGGGGCAGGGGCACCGUCAGUUCUUUCAUGAGCUGGCACGCACAUGUAUAGUGAAAUGUUUACGUUUGGGAAGACUCCGCCUUAGACAAACUACGAAAGUACAAUCGUGUCUCUCCCUAGUCAGAAUGCUACAGAGAGAAAUGGAACCUUAGAUUAGCAACAAAAGUCUGUAAACUGGUCUGUUUGCCAAAGUGAACACUGGAUGACUAAGGAACCGAAGAAGGCCCCCAGAAGCAGAUUUGUGGUGGGUUAUUUUAUUUUGCCUGUGGCCAAUCUUCUGUGAAAUACAAUGUGCUGUUGGUGCAACAGAUGAUUCAAUAAAUGUCUACAGCAGA